AAUGAGUACGUUGAAAAAUAAAAAACGAAGAGGUCCUUAUAUGCAGUAUGCAGCCUUUGGCUCACAAGGCGUUAUACCUGAAAGAACAGCACGUGAUUUGAUGAUAAAAAGAAAAAAAUUAUGUGAAAAAAAUAAAGGUUUUGAAUAUCCUGCAUAUAAACAAAUAAACGUUCAACUUGAAUCUCCAGAUGAAUCAAUUAGUAAUACAAAUAUUGGUAUAUUGUCAGACAAUAAUUCACUACAUCAUUACGACAUAUCAUCUCAAACAUCUGCAGAUAGUAUUGAAUCUCCAAGUGUCCCAAGCAGUUUUAUUUCAGUAAAUAAUAUUCAAGAUGAUUUUCAAUUAUUACACGAAGAGCAACAAUUGAUUAAUAUUGAUGAUCCAGCAACGUUAAUGAAUGACACUGUAUCUUGUUCACGUAAUUAUGAUUUUCAAACCCUUCAACAAUGUCUACUUUUGGCUGCUUUCAAAUAUCGCCAUAAAGAAGCUACUUAUUCAUUGAUGGAAGAUUUUUCAAAAAUAUUGCAUGCUACGAAUAAUAAUUAUAAAAAAAUAUCAAAGUAUACUUUUCAAAAAAUGGUUAAUAAUUUUUCUAUGGGUGUAUCAAUUCAUCAUAUUUGUCUAGUUUGUGAAAAAUAUCUUGGAAAUAGCAAUUUUUUGUCUAAUGAUGAGGAAUAUGAAAAUAUAAAUGGAUUUAUUUUCUGUGAUACUUGUAAAAGUAAGAUAGACAAAAAACAAAAUAUAAAAGAAGGUAAUAUUUUUCUAUAUAUUUCCUUAAUUGAACAGCUGAAAGCUAAAUUUUCAUUGGAAGGUGACUUAAGUAAUUAUUUUAAUACAAGAAAAAUGAAAAAUGAAAAUGCGAUUGAGGAUAUUUUUGAUGCUAUGGGAAAAGAAUUGGCUGAGAAAAAGAGGUUGCCCUACAUGUUAAUUUCUUUGGCAAAAUUGAUUUCGUAUAAAUCAACAUCGGAACUACCCAGUUUAAUGGAUAUUGGGGCUGUGGUCUUUGUUUACAUUUUGGUCAGAGAGCGAAAAAAGGCAGGGGGACGAUACAUAUUCACCCUUUAAAUUCAAGAGGAUAUCCACAUGGAAAGGGACUACGAUCUCACGAUCAUCUUUUUCAACACGUUGAUAGUAUGAUGUUCGGUGUGAAAGGUAGAUCUGCUCUGCUUGAUGUACCAGAAUUUAACAUGAUCAACGGAAUGCCACCAGACUGGAUGCACGCAGUACUACUGGGAAUUUGUCGCCAGUUCUCAAAAAUAUGGUUCAAAUCUCAGAGGCAUACCAAAGGAUGUUUUAAACAAUUUAUAACAACAAUUGAUGAUAUUGUUAAAUCAUACCAACCAACAUUAGAUGAGACUAGAGUCCCUGAACAAAUUUAUGAUGCUAAAAAACUAAAAGCUCAUGAACUUGCAUUGUGGUUACUCAAUUAUAGUUUAGUGACAAUGAAAGAUAUUUUUCCUAAUAAAUUUGUCAGACACUGGAGCUUACUAGUUGAUGGAGUAUCGAUACUGUUGAAAGAAUCAAUUCAGAAAAAUGAGAUUGAUUAUAGUGAAAAAUGUUUGCUCGAUUUUGUUCGUGGUGUUGAACGUUCAUAUGGAAAAGAACAAGUGUCGUACAAUGUUCAUCUUCUCACUCAUUUGGCUCAAAGCGUUCGUGAUCUUGGUCCUUUAUGGGCCCAUAGUGCUUUUAUAUUCGAAAAUUUCAAUCAGCAAAUAAAAAAAAGUGUAAAAAGCUCCAAUGGUGUAGCUAAACAAAUAUGUGAUGGUUUCCGGUUGAAAUAUGCAAUUGAAAACAUGAAACUUGAAUGUCAGGAAAACUUGACUCAUGAAAUAAAUGCUUGUCUUGCUGAUAUGUUGAAAAUAAAACAAAAACCAAAAGCUAGCUUAGAUCUAGGUGAAGUUAAACUCACAGGGCAGCCAGUUAUACAAAAAUUGAAACCCAAUGAUUUUUUAGCAUGUCAACGAUCAAAUCUAGAUGUCGAACCAAAUAUUCCAGUACAAUAUUUUUCACAAACAUAUAUAAUUUCUACAAUAUUGUAGCGAGAUAGUAAUGCUCGAUGGUGCGCCACCUGGUAUGAUGCGUGAGUGUGAGAAUUGAUGAGAGAGAGACGGAGAAGAGAGAGAGAGAGAGUGGAGUUUUGGCUAUGGAGAACGUGUGCUCCGUACACUUGUGUCUUGGCUGGCAAGCAAGACGCUGGCAAAUAUUAAGUUGGCCAAGCCAACUCAAAUAAAUCCAAGUACUGAAUUGUGAAUCUAAAAUAUUAAACUGAUUUUUCAACUAAUUGAUUGUUGUAAAACAACAAUCAAUAUCAAAUUGUCAUUAAUUAAAUAAAAUAUAUUGUGUACACAACAAAAAUUGUCAAUUAAACAAGCUGAGCAAUAAAUCAAAACUUGGUAAACGACGACGUGAAUCAGGACGGCGUCCUUCCAUAAAUCACGCCGCCAUUACUCAAAAAUAAAACUUGUUGCAUCAGCGUUGAAGAAAUAAAAUCAAUUCAACAUCAACAAUUAUCAUUGCUGGCAAUUAUUCAACAUCAAUAAUAUUCAUUGCUGGUAAUUACACAACAUCAAAUAUUUGGACAUUUACUUGGUCUGAUCAACCAAGCAUUCCAAGGCCAACGAAUCAUCGUCAGCAUCAUCAAUUUAACAUCAAGAACUUCAAUCACCAGUCAGGUUAUAUUGGUAUGAGUAUGCGUGUGUUUUGU